AACCUCGAGACGAGCUUUCGAGCCUUUCGGUACAGCAGUCAUUUGCGGGGUUCGACAGAGGGACGAUGAUAACGAGGACAGAACCAAUUGAUUUAAACAGCUUGUCUUUGGUCAAUUGAUUGAAAUCACAGUUGACGGCAUACGGCUGAUGUCAAAAUGGCCUGGCGUUCGAGUAAUAAAACACUGCAAAUCCUUGAGGCAGCAGAGAAGGGGAGAUACGGCAUUCUGGCAGCCAUUGCAUAUAAUGUCGAGCAUAUCACGGCCUUCAUUCGCGCAGCGGAGAAUCGUAAAUCGCCUUUGAUCAUACAGCUAUUUCCUUCGGCGUUAACCCAGACUCCGUCGUUGAUCCAUGCGGCCGCAGCAGCAGCCAAAACAGCAUCAGUACCUAUCUCUGUUCACUUGGACCAUGCGCAAAAUUACGACCAGAUCAAGUCUGUCGCCGACAAUUUGCCAUUCGAUUCGAUAAUGGUGGACAUGAGCCACUAUGAGAAAGAGGAGAAUCUGUCCAAGACGAAUGUACUGCGCGAGUACUGCCAUGAUCGGGGAAUCGCGGUGGAGGCCGAAACGGGGCGGAUUGAAGGAGGAGAGGACGGGAUUUCGGAUACGGGAGAUCUGGCUGGAAUCCUGACAAAUGCAGAAGAUGUCGAGGAAUUCAUCAGCGCCGGAAUCGAUUUCCUGGCCCCGAGCGUAGGCAAUCUCCACGGGGACUACGGUCCCAAGGGACCUCAUCUCGACUUGGACCGGCUUAGGAGCAUAUUCGACGCGUUGAAUGGCCGCGUUCGUCUCGUGCUUCACGGCACCAACGACUUUCCCCCAGAUCUGUGCAAAGUAUGCAUCGACGCAGGCGUCACUAAAUUCAACGUCAACAAACUCGUGUUGCAGCCGUGGCAAGACUAUCUUCGAGCGAAUGUGAACAAGCCUCUCACGCAGGUGAUGGAUGAAGGCAUUGACGUGUUGACGAGACAGAUGGAGCGCUGGAUGGAUAUCAUGGGUAGCAGUGGAAAUGCAUAGUUGGCGUAU